AUGAACUCUUCUGUGCAACUCUAUAAUCUACAAGAAAGAUAUGCAGAUGCUUUUGCAAAAACAUUUACCAUCGUUUUUCUUGCGGUCAUAAUUAUCUCCAUCAAUGGAGUGUUUGUAUACAUAUUCUUUAGGAGUUCAAUUUUCUACAAUGAUCCAAGAUACAUAUUAUAUAUUCACUUGGUUAUCAAUGAUAUGCUCAUGGUUUGUUUAUCUGUAACUCUUUUUGUGAUGAGUUUUGCAUGGCAAAAUGUACCGUUCCCGUUCUGUGUCACCCUGCUAAUAGUAGCUGCAACUGCUCAUAAGAACACUCCUCUGACUUUGGCCGGUAUGGCCGUUGAGCGUUACAUCGCCAUCUGCAAACCACUGCAUCACCAUCAGAUCUGCACAUGCGUGCGCAGGACCAACAUCCUCAUCUCUCUGAUUUGGGGUGUAGGAGUCAUACCUGGAUUGAACGACUUGAUUGUCAUUGUAAUUGUUCGUCCUUUAUCUGUCUUUAAAACAGUUGCUCUCUGUAGUUCAGCAACUCUUUAUAACACACCGUACCAUGCAGAACUCAGCAAAUUUACACUUGGGCUUUAUACAUCUGUUGUGUGGGUAAUUCUUGUAUUCACAUAUUGUCAAGUGCUGAUUGCGGCUAGAAGGGCCUCCGCUGAUAAAUCCUCAGCAAAAAAGGCCCAAAGCACCAUCCUGUUACAUGGAGCGCAGCUUCUGCUUUGUAUGUUGUCCUACAUUACUCCUGUGUUAGACAAAAUUUUUCUUCCACUUGUGACUGAUCAGCAGAAGAAAAUCAGUUUUUUCAAUUACCUUCUAACAAACAUUGUGCCACGAUUGCUCACCCCCUUGAUUUAUGGUGUUCGGGAUAAACAUUUUUAUAAUCACAUGAAGGGAUUUUAUUUAUGUAAAUUGCCUUUUGUAAAGGUUGAAUCAUCCAAACAAUGA